AAAGUCUCCAUAUUGAGUGCAACCUCAGAGUCCAUUAAUUAUAUUACAUUAGAGAUGUGGCUCAGGAUUGGCUCAGCGCUUCACAUUACAAAGUCCUGGUUUCUGAGUUGUGGCCUCUGGGGGGCGACAGAGAGCCCCAUUUCUGUAAAAACAACAUCUCACCUUCUUUCUUUAGUCCAAGUGCUGGAGCACGUUUGAGUGACCAUGGAGUGCGUUUGCUGUCAUGUAGUUGAGCGUUAACACGGCGUGAAUAUCAGAAGAGGGGGGACUUUAGCGUGGAAACGAGGAGCCACAGUCGAACCAUGGCUGCACGGGAGGAAGGAGAGGUUUUGCACAGUAAAAUAAGGCACCACGACGGAGCUGGAAGUGUAAACAGCUCAGAGGGCUUCAGGAACGGCUAUGUGAAGAGCUGCGUCACCCCUCUUAAACAGGACCAUCAGAGGGGAUUUUUCUUUAAUGUUUGCAGGUUUUGCAACGAAGACAUACUCAGUUCAAAACUGUUGAAGGUCUCUGCCCUGUACGUAGGUGCGUUUGUAAUCUUCGCGGUCUCUUUUCUCAUUUCUAGGAGCUUGCAAAGUGACUCGCUGUGGGAUUUGCAGACUUUUUUGUCGGGUUUCUCCCAGUCCAUCAGUCCUUUAUUCAGCAUAGGAUGUGCUUUCUUCUUUUUGACGUUUUACCUGAGGAGGAGAAAGAAAGAGGGCAAUAAAUGUUGGCUCUUGUCACUGCCAGCAUCGUGUUACCUCGGGGAUUUUUUGGUUUUGCGGUUUUUGCAAUGGGGAGAGGACCAACACCAGAUGCAAAUGGUGGGCAGGUUGUUAUUCGUGCUGGGAUGUGUGGGUCUGCUCACACUCAUCCCCACUCUGAAACUCAAACACAGUGUUCUUAUACUGGUUUUCGCCAGCGUUGUGUGGCUUGUUUCUUUUACAAGUUUGAGCGGUCUGCCUGCUCUGCUCAGACCGCUCUUCGCCUGCUUUGCGGGGGUUUGUGGCUCCCUGUUGGGGCUCUGUUUUGACCGUUACUACCCGACGAGGGAAGCACCGAGUGGGAUUUCCAGCGCGGAGGAAAAGGUCCCUGUGAUCAGACCUCGGAGAAGGUCCAGCUGUGUUUCACUUGGGGAAACGUCGACCAGCUAUUAUGGCAGUUGUAAAAUGCCUCGCAGACCUUCUUUACCCUGUAUAUCCAGAGAACAGGUGCACCGAGGAGUUCUUGGCCACUGGUGGUGCUGCUGCAGAGAAAUGCUGCUGAUGCUAACAUUGGUUCCUUACAUGGCCAGCCAUACACACAAUAUUUACUUGAACUCUUUACUGCCAAGAGUUUUAAUUAUGAUCCUGUGGGACUGGGAUCUCAAACACUGGUACAAACCUCAGUAUCAGGGUGCUGUGACGGGCAAUGGCGUAGACCUCUCAGUCAUCAACGAGGCCAGGAACCUGGUGUCAGACCUGCUCAUGGACUCGUCUCUGUCUCCACAUACCAUCUCGGCUCUGCGCAGCAUCUCCAGUCUCAUGGGGACGUUUUCAGGCUCAUGUCGCCCCAGGGUCAAUCCCUUCACCCCUUUCCCAGGUUUCUACCCAUGUGACGAGGUGGAGGACUCUGUGGAGAGGGGAGAAAGAAAAACUAUUAAGGGUUUGAGCAGCAGAAACAGCCUCCCUACACCUCAGCCCAGACGGAGCUCCACGUCCUCCUCCUGCUCUGGACUCCCUCCUCUUGACUCCGCCUCCUCACGCUGGGAACGCAACAAUGGCAAGAGACCCCACACGGACCUCAACUUAACCAGCCCAGGUCUGCUCAAUGGGCCCAAUGCAAACCUGCUCACCAUUCCUAAACAGAGGUCUUCCUCUGUCACCCUCACCUACCAUGCAGGGCCCAGGAGAGCCGGCACAUCUCCAAGCUUGAGCCCCGUUACCUCACCCAUCCAUGGCCCUCUUGGAGUUGGUGCAGGUUCCUCAUCAUCCCUAGUCACACGACCUCCUGUAGAAUUUCCAGACACGGCUGACUUCCUGACAAAACCCAGCGUCAACCUGAACCUGCACAAGCCUCUGGGCUACACCCUCAGCUCACCUGAUUUCCAGCAGUCCUUGCGUAGCUCCACCUUCCCUCUCUGCACCAGCUGUGGCCGACAGAUGCUAAAGGGAGUUUCCAGUGGUGAUACCGGAGACGCUUAUCAACCAUUCUCCAGUGAGGUUCAGCGCAGACGCUCAGCAGGUGAAGGGCUGGAAUUCACUGGAGAGCCUCUGAUCAGGGAGGAGAGCGUGGAGGCGGACGUGUCUGUGGACAAGACACCAGACUCUGCAGGGAACCAGGGCCAGGCAGAGGAGGAGCAGGAGAAGAGCCCUAGCACAGAGCAGCAGACUCAGGAAUCAGAGGGUGAGCAGGAGUUCCGACUAGAUCCAAUGCUGGAGGACCAUGAGGCUGUCAUGGAGAGGCUGAACACCUGGAACUUUCAGAUCUUCGACUUGGUGGACAGAACAGGAGGGAAGACAGGAAGGAUACUCAGCUAUGUGACAUACACGCUUUUCCAGGACACAAGUUUGUUUGAGAUUUUCAAGAUCCCUGUCAGGGAGUUCAUGACAUAUUUCUGUGCUCUGGAAAAUGGCUACAGGGACAUCCCCUAUCAUAAUCGAGUCCAUGCUGCUGAUGUGCUCCAUGCUGUUUGGUACCUGACCACUCAACAAAUCCCCGGGUUCCAGCAGAUUCACAGCGAGCAUGUGACAGGAAGUGACACAGACUCAGAUAGUGGGAUUUCCCCGGGCAGGAUAUCCUACGCGUCCUCCAAAAGCUCCUCGAUUUCUGAUGACAGCUACGGCUGCCUGGCCUGGAACAUACCGGCCCUCGAGCUCAUGGCCCUUUAUGUAGCAGCUGCAAUGCACGACUAUGACCAUCCCGGUCGCACAAAUGCCUUUCUAGUAGCCACUAAUGCACCUCAGGCAGUACUGUACAAUGACAGGUCGGUGCUGGAGAAUCAUCAUGCUGCGUCAGCCUGGAGCCUCUACCUGUCCCGGCCCGAGUUCAACUUCCUGGUCAACCUGGACCAUGUGGAGUUCAAGCGUUUUCGCUUCCUUGUCAUCGAGGCCAUACUGGCCACAGACCUCAAGAAGCACUUUGACUUCCUGGCAGAGUUCAACUCUAAGGUGAAUGAUGUGAACAGUCCAGGAAUUGAUUGGACCAAUGAAAAUGACAGACUGCUGGUGUGCCAAGUCUGCAUCAAGCUGGCAGACAUAAAUGGACCGGCCAAAGUCCGAGACCUGCACCUCAAGUGGACAGAAGGCAUAGUCAAUGAGUUUUAUGAGCAGGGAGAUGAGGAGGCUCGUUUAGGAUUACCCAUCAGCCCCUUCAUGGACCGCUCCUCCCCACAGCUGGCGAAGCUGCAGGAGUCCUUCAUCACUCAUAUCGUAGGACCACUCUGUAACUCAUACGAUGCUGCUGGCCUUCUUCCGGGCCACUGGAUUAAGGAAGAAGGAUCAGAUGAGGAUGAAGAGGAGGGGCAGGUUGACUCGGAUGAUACAGAUGAAGAUGAAGAUGAGGAUGAUGAGCUGGAGGACGAGCUGGCACCAAAAAGGAGAAAGAAGCGACGCCGGUUGUUCUGCAGCAUCAUGCAGCAUCUGACAGAGAACCACAAGGUGUGGAAGAAGACUAUCGAGGAAGAGGAAAAAAGCAGCAAAGAGCUCGGCAAACAGCAGCAGUCUGACAGCUUGCCAGCCAGCCUGCCCACCUCCCCGUCAGACGACAUCCAGGUGAUCCAGGAGGAGGAGGAGGGGGAGGAGCGGCAGUAGCAGGAGAAGGAAGGAAAGAGCAGAAAGAGACGUGUGAAAAAAGAAGAGGAAAGGCGGUUUAAAGACAAGAGUCCCUUGACCACCUGCCUUUUAACACAAAUUUAUUGCAUACAGAUGACAAAUGCACAUAAACACACUUUGGUCCCUCUUUUUAUCUCUUACAGAUUCAAACACAUUGAAAGAUUCACUGUGCAGACACUCAGAUGCUUUCGCAGUCUCGUUGUUUUUUUCGGAGAAACAUAAAGGCCUUACUACUGUGAGCGGAUCCUUGCUGCAUCAGUGGGAGCCCAACUCCUAUGCACUUUCACCCCGUGGAGAACGGAGUGCACGCAGUCAAAGAGAAAAAGAAGCACCUGAACUGAGAAGGAAAGGUGCAGAAGAAAGAAAGAGAGUGGACGGGGUCCGACAUUUAUGUACCCUCCUCGGUGACGUGGCUGUGAUGCUGCCUUGAAUGCAAAGCGCUUACACCUCCCUUUUAGGUACAAAACAAUUUCUGUCUAUUUAAAAACAAACAAAAAAAAAAAGAGGUAGACGAUAAGUAAUGAAGCAAGCGACAUGAAGUGAUUGAUAACCCUUUACCAAAGUGAACAGUUCAAACAUGGAAAGACAAGAGACUGAGACUGUUUUCAGCCUCAAUGUCAGGUAUAUUUUUGGAUUAUAUAUACACACAUAUGUAUCAAAUGUGCCUGUCUGAACCAUUACUGAGUCUAUAUAGGCCCAGAGCCUAGGCUUGUGUAGUUUUCUCUCCUUGCUGGCGACACGAAACACUGUAUAAGACUCAGUCACAGAGACAAUAUUGAGAUGUUGACUGAUUAAUAGCAUUAUAUUUGCAUCAUUUUUGAUGCUUUUACUCAUGUGUACCACCCAUUUUUCCUUUCCUUUAACUCUCCUCGCUUCAUUUUAAUGAGUGUGUGAAUAUUUUUAUGGGCAGAAAUGUGAUAGAGAGAAUGAGUAGGGAGAAAGAGAGCACAUUUUUUAAUUAUUUUAGGAUGUAAUUUGUGUGUAUGUCUGCGUGUCCUCUCAGUAAUGGUUGGCUUCUAAUCAGCAGAAAUGUCCUCUGGUGUUUAACAUGUUGCAUUCAGAUCAGGAGUGCUGUUCCAAGUUUUCUUUUCUUUUUUCUUUUUUUUAAAAUUCUAAAUAUUUUUAAAGGUUACUCAGGAUAUCACGCAAAGUUGAAUAAUUAAUUUUUGCAAGAUUUUAUGUCAAUAUGAAAUACACUUUAAAGAAUAAGACAAUUAAAAUCUGGGUGACUGAAGCCGUUUGUAAUCUCUGCGUGAAUAAUGUGACUAUAAAACACUUUCAUGCAUUUUAAAUCUAUUGUGACAGAGGAGCAUACAGUAUGUGUCGUCUCAUGGCCAUUCAGACGCUGUUUGCAUAACCUUUUUACAACCUCACUGGAGAAAAGCUUAUAUUGAUGUCAGCAGACUGCAAAUGUCUCCUCUGCAGCCACUUUACAGACACGUUUGUGGUUCAAGUAACUUUUUUUUUUACAUGCAGUGCUUUUUCUCUUCAUCCAUCUUUCAGACAGCAGGUUUCUAGACAAAAUUUAAACCUCACUUAACUUUCUUUUUACUCUUUUUUUGUUUGAUUUUUGCCAAACCCAUAACUCGGCCAGUUUGUAAAGAAGGGAUCCAGGGUUUCAUUUCACUUUGCUUUUGUUUGUGUAUUAUGACGUGCCUCGAGGCAGGGUUAAAAACUACUACUUCUAUUUUUGUCUCUAAAAACUCUUAGCAUUCCACUAGAACUUUUAUUAAAGGGAAGACAGAGUUGUUGCCUCACUCAUUGAUCACCUUAUCAAAUCUUGAGAACAUAAGCAGUGUAAAUGAAGGGAGUAAUAUUUAAAAACCAACAAAAACAGAUACAGGUGUGCACAUUUUAAUACCAAACAAGUGUUUAGCCGCUGUACAAAAGAGUAUGUGCAUAUAAAUAUAUAUUUUUUAAUCAAAUGAAUGCAUCUGUUUUCUACACGCAGCUGUACAUUAAGAUCCUGUAUUUACCGUUUGUGUUUCCAGAGUUUUUAUCGACUUCUAUUUACAGCUGUAGAACUGUGGGGUUUGGUGUUCUGAUUUUCACAUGGUUUCAGUGUCUCCUUGUUCUGUAUCAUAACCACUCUUGUAUUCCUCAUUCUCUCUCUCUAUCACUGUUAUUUCACUCGAACCCAACUAGUGCCAAACUUUACCUACAUACAGUGGUCUCUGGGCUGUGAUCAGUGCGGAUUGGCUGCAUUUUUCUCUGGGCUCCGGUUCUGUUCAUGCAAAGACAAACACCUUGGGUCGAUAUGUAUUCCAGCGGGCUCAAAGUGUCAGCGACAGUGGAGAGAGUCAGAGUUGGACUCAGGUCAGAGCCAUAUACAUUCUGGCAGUCACUUUUUUCACAUGGACCCACACUGGAUCAUAACGCCUCAGUAGCUGCCGACCCGACAUGUUCUGGCUCAUUAACUUGUGAAAGUCUUUUGGCCAUCUUUCAAACCACAGUGUCCUCUGAUGAUUGUGCCAUAAAUACAUCUAUGAAUGGGUGUUACCCUUAUGUAGCAUCAAUAUACAUACGUAAGUUUGUCUAAUGUAACCAUUAACCCUUAUCUACAUUGUGGGGGCAACUGAUCUUUUUGUUGUUAUUUAUAGCUGUCAUAAAACACCAUCCCUAAAGUA